ACUAUGCCAAUCACAACCAUUGGAGGCUACCAAUUGGGCAAGAUCCUUAUCGAAGGCAAGACAAAGAAGGUCUACGACCUACCGGAUCAUCCAGGAUUAUGUCUGCUGUUGAGCAAGGACCGCAUAACAGCUUUUGAUGGACUCAAGGCCCACGAGCUACAGGGCAAGGCGGCUAUCUCAAACACCACAAAUGGACUGGUUUUUAGGCUACUCAAUGAGGCGGGAAUCCGAACCGCUUACGUGGAUCAGUGUGGCGAUAACGCUUUUAUAGCACGAAAAUGCAAGAUGGUGCCCAUAGAGUGGGUGACGCGUCGGUUGGCCACCGGUUCUUUCAUCAAAAUAAAUCCGGAAGUGCCCGAAGGAUAUCGAUUUGCACCACCGAAGCAAGAGACUUGCUUCAAGGACGAUUCUAGUCACGAUCCCCUGUGGUGCGACGAGCAAAUUCUCUCCUCGAAUUUUGAGUGCAAUGGCCUAAUAAUUGGCGCAGACGAAGUUCAAAUAAUGCGACACACUUCACUAGUGGUAUUCGAGGUUCUCGAAAGAGCUUGGAAAACAAGGAACUGUGCCUUGGUGGACAUGAAGGUGGAAUUCGGUGUGGACGAAGAUGGCAACAUAUUGCUGGCGGACAUUAUAGACUCGGAUACGUGGCGCAUUUGGCCGGCGGGCGACAAACGCCUGAUGGUGGACAAAACCGUGUAUAUAAAUUUGGAUACAGUAACCGAUGGCGAUUUGAACACAGUCAAGCGCAAUUAUUCUUGGGUAAUAGAGCAGCUGUCGAGCAUUGAGCCGCCCCAGAACCAUCUGGUGGUAAUCCUGGUGAGUAGUGCAAUGGAUGUGGCACAUGGCGAGCAGAUCGCCACCAGCCUUGGAUCACUAGGCAUGGAAGUGGUGCUCCGAGUGUGUUCUGCUCUCAAAAAUCCCGAGGAAGCGCUCCAAAUUGUCCGGACAUUCGAGGCGGUGAUUGAUAAUCUGGUAUUCGUGACCGUCGACGAGCGAUUAAAUAGUGUGGCCAACUUGAUUUCGGCCAACACCAGUUUUCCGGUGAUCAAUUGUACGCCCCUUAGGUCCGACACCAUGUUUCUGAACAUGUGGUCCAACUCGAAUCCAACAAGUGAUCCGGAGGCAGCUGCCAAGCAUGUGGCGUCUUUACUUGGCCUGGGAAAUUUUAUGAUUUGGUCCAAACUGCGUGUCAAUAAGCUAAACAACCAAAUCGCAAUCAAGAAAAUCGACACAAAACUGCGUAGCAUUCGUCACUCUCCCAAAUCAUCAUGAUGUAAAGUAUGCGUAGAAUACAAAGAUUUCAAUUUCAUCAGGAACUUUUUACAAUUUGCAUGAAAAUAAGUGCUAAUACAAAUAAAUAAAAAAUAAACUGAAAA